AUGUCCGACAGAGAAGACCUCCCUAUUGACGACAACUUGGCCGUCCAACCUACCAACAACGACGCCGUCGAGGAAACCCCAAAGCCCAUCCCGAAGCGAGGACGGGGAAGACCCCGUAAAGACGGCACUACUCCAGCGGUAAAGCGUACGGUAGUGAAGAAGACCCAUCGCAGGCCCGACGACGAGUUUGAGACUACCACUUACUACAAGCGGAAGGCGGAGGUGGAGGCGUCUGGCGAACGCCGCACCUCAAAGAGGCCGCGGAAAUGUCGGCGUAAAAUUCUUAAUGAGAAGGAGAUGUGUGAUAAAGGUAUGUUCUGUUCGUUUUCUUUCUUCUAUUGUAACUGCCCCUUUCCCACUUCCUGCAAUCUCCUCUUGCUCGAUUGUCAUCGUGUUCAUUCUAUCAUCGUGUUCAUCCUACUCCAUUUGGCCAUGAUACAUCUUCCAGUUAUCGAUCCUCUGGCCAUCCAUCGCCUAUCAUCAUCAUUUUCCAUCAUCGUCUUCGGCCGUCUUUUCCAUCAAUAUCUACCAUCAUCGUCAAUCAUAGCUGUCCACUACUAUCCAGCCAUCAAGAACUAUCAUCUUCAUCGUCACCGUUUCCAUCGUCUCCAUUGUCUCCAUCUUCAUCUCCCAAACUUGCUAACCCCUUGCAGUCUUCCCAUACCUCGAGGAACCUCUCGACACCACCAUCGCCCAAGAGCCGACUCCUUCUCCUUCGCUCCCUCCGUCCGAUGA